UGGCUCAGGCACAAUGUGCCAUCCGCGUCAUCUCUGCUUCACUCUUAGCGUGAUUUUGUGUAUUGGAGCUGCAUGCGGCUGGUGGGAUGAUUAUAGACUCAAACCUUCUGUUAGAAAUAAAAUUGGAACGUUACUCAAGGGAGAAAAAGCUCAAUACGAUCGCAAACUAGAGGAAUUAGUUGAAGCAUACAUCUUUAUUUACGCCUCGACUCAUGACCCAGACGAAUUAGACGUGACGAAACUAAUGGACUUUGUGAGUGAAUACGAGAAGUCUUUCUCUCAAGUGUAUUUUUGGUCCAAGAAUCAAAUGUACAUGUAUAUUGUCCAGUUCGAAGGAAAAGUUGGCUGUGCUCGUCUUCCGCGUAAGCCCCGCAGAUUUCUUUCUCCGCAUAAGUCCCGCGGAUAUCUAUGCUUCAUCGAAGAGGCAGAUACCUCCUUCAUGCCUAUUUGGUUAUUUGAACCUUCAAACUUUUAA